GUCCCGGCACCCGGAGCCCAAGGCCGCACCGUCGCUGGAGGAUGCCCCGUUCCCACCCAGUCCCGCCGACGGCCGCGAAGUGUCACCUGCAGGCCGGUUGUCCCUCAGCACGGGCGAGACGCGUUCUCUCGUGUUCCCGUCGGACUGUCCACCCGGGACCGUCAGCUCAGGGAGUGUGUGGGGCUUCUGUGCCACGUGGUGGGCACUCGGGAAGGACGUGUUGAGUGAGCGGCUGGAAGAACGUCCGAGUCCGGCGGAAAACACGCAGCGCCCCGGCACGAGCGUCCCCUCCCACGUGCCAUCACGCAGGUCCCCGUCACCCAGCCGGGAGGGCCCCAGCGGCCAGUCCAGGCCCCCGGACAGGGCGCCGGGCCGGGCCCUACCGAAGAGCAUCAGGCACCGCAUGCUCUACCUCUCGGAGCAGCUGCGAGUGGAGCAGGCCCGGCGGGACGAGAACACCGCGAGCUACCUCAAGCUGGUGUCCAAAGCCGACCGGCACCGGGCCCCGCACGUCCGCCAGGCCUUCGAGAAGGUGAACCAGCGCACCUCUGCGACCAUCGCCCGCAUCGAGCAGAGGCUCCGCCAGUGCCACCGGCAGCUCCAGGAGCUGGAGGAAGGCGGCAGGCCCAAGGGCUUGGUGCCGACGUCGGGGAGCCCGCUGGACGACUGCGGGCAGCCCGGCCAGACGGCCCCGGGUUCGGAGGCCCCCAGGCCCAGCGUGGAGCGCGCGCCCGCCCAACUGCCCAACGCGGACAGGCACUCGGCUCCAGGGAGUCCCCUCCCGGGCGGGCAGCAGGGCGAGUCCUCAGAGGCCGGGCGCGUGGCGCGGCCAAGCCUGCGCUUGCAGAAGGUGAAGGAAGAGCUGGAGGCCGUCGAGGGGCCCCACGCCCGCCUGCAGGAGGCCUCUCAGAGCCUCGCGGAGAGGCGCCUGAGAGACCUGCAGGUGUCGCUGGAGUCGCUGCAGAAGGAGAGAUGCAGGUGA